GGAGGAACAGUCAUUAUUGCGCCAGUAUAACAUUCGCUUCCAGUUCUCUUGAACGAACCAUCGAGUUUUCGAGACACCAUCCACGAGAUCACGAUACGGCCGUGCUUACGAUCGCCACGUUCCCUCAGUUCGUCGUUACGGAAAGUAAAAACCGCGUGGCCGCCUCGAAACCGUCCCAUCAUUCGCUGAACGCGCGCGAUACGAUGAGAUUGUUCUCGGCAAAUAACGAAAAUGUGACGUGAGAUUGGCCUUAAGAGAGCCUUGGCAAGAACGUGACACGUUUCGUAGUCGGUCGUUCAGUGUGGCACGCACUCUGCCAAAAUGCCAGUGAGAAGGACCAAUUUUCACGCGUUCACCAGUGCACUUGUGUCGGUACUGUUCUUGGUUCUGGUGGCGCUUCGCGUCGGCCAGGUCACCGGGCAAUUAUUGGACACGGAGUUUCAACCGACGGUUACAGCAACAUGUAAGGCCGGCCACAUGACGAUACGAGUGAACCUGAAUCAAAGUUUCGUGGGAGCUAUUCAUGCCAGAGAUUUUCGGACGCCGCAAUGUAUGGCGCCCGGAAACGGCUCUACACACGCCACGCUCGCCAUUAAUCUUCUCGCGCCCAAAGGCUCCCCGGAUUAUUGUGGCGUUUUGGUAAACAACGAUACCGAGGAGCGGUCCAUUCCUAUCGCAGUAAGGAUACACAAGACGUUAGAGCUGGCGGACGAUAAAUUUUACGUGAUCACGUGCGGAAAAGCUGGAUUCAAAAACGCCAAGAACGAGACCUCGCUAGUAUCUUUGCGUCUUUUGGACGGAGGCCACAAAGUGCAAGAGGCUAUUUAUGGUCACAACUACACUUUGCGUGCGGAGAUCUCGCGACCAGAUGGAAUGUACGGAAUCAAAGUAAAGUCGUGUUUUGCGUUCAACAAACGAAACAGCAGCGUACAACUGAUCGACGAUAAAGGGUGUCCCGUAAAGGCUCGGGUCAUGACGAAAUUCAUCUACGAUCGAAACACUGGCCUGGCGGAUGCGACAUUGUUCUCGAUGUUCCGGUUCCCUGACAGUCCGCAGGUGCAUUUUCAAUGUGACAUCGCCGUGUGCAGAGGAAGCUGCGGUAUCCCCGUUUGCGAAGGCGAUAACGAGGAAGAUAUAAAGGGAGCGUCCUUAAUUAAUGGACAAAGCGUGAGCGGCGAGGAAGGAGUGCUCCUAGCUGGCACGAGCGUGUUCGUUCUUGACCCUGGUCAAACACCAUCCGUUCAGACAUUGUACGAGGAUGGCAGCGUUCACCCGUUAUGGCUGCUGUGGCUGGCAGUAGCUCUUGGCAUUCUGUUCCUCAUCAUGCUGAUAAUCAAUAUAUUCCUCUGCUCCGCGAUGACCUGCAGCUGCACCAGGACGGACAUUAUCGAGAAAGAGCCAUCGAUUAUCGAGGACUACGAUCCGUAUCGUAGCUGGCAUGGCUCCCAAUACGGCUCGAGGUACUCCUUAAACGGGAAGCAAGGAUAUGCUUCCGGAGGAUCGACGAUGAAUUCAACCAGGUCGAUAUCGACGAACAGCGAUCACUACGCCAUAGUCCAUUCAAGGCCAGGGAGCAGAUAUUCCGGACCAGGUCAGAAGCAUCAUCACCAUCACAGAGGGCCGCCGUCGAACAUCGGCUCGCACUAUUCUGGAAAAUAAUAUUCAUCAAAUUAACAUAUAUAACGAAAAAAGAAAAGAUGUAUAAAACAAACUAUCAUUUUGAUUAAUGUUUCGAACAUAAUUGAAGCUCUUUUAUAACAACGCAACCACGCGUAACGGGUAUCUAGAAUCGAUAGAGUCAUUGCUCACACUGUUCAAAGACAAACUACACGAAUAUCGAGAUAAUAGACAAUGGUUGAUCCUUGACUCGAAACAAAAGCAUACAGACGCGUUGCAAUAAUAUGCUUGAUUAUAUUCUUAACAAAGAACAGUAAUGAACACUUACACUGUUUGGGAAUUCUUUUCGCGUUAAGGAUUGACUUACGUAUAGCUUGAUACGUCCUCAAUAGUUACUACUAAUAUAUGAUACACUUAGUUCGCAAUUCCUGCCUUCAAAGAGUAUUUUUGUAUUAAUAUUCAGCUAUUGUCUGACUCGUACUUCGGUUUUCUCAAAAAGGCAGGAAACUUGAGAAAGAUCAAAUAUUAAUUUGUACGCGGAUUCUACAAUGAAAUAACACGUUUCAUUCGUAGAUAUAUGGCAAUCCGUUCCAUUUACUUUUAGUAUCUCUGUAUGAGAGAAGGUUCUUCAACUAGAUCGUAUAUGUAUCAUAUGAUAGUCAUAAAUAUAGGUACUUAGCAUUCUUUUUUUACUAUGUUGCGUAAUACCUACUUAAUUAAGAUGGAAUUAGACGAACGCUUUUGUACAUAAAUUCAUUAAUCAGAAACAUCAUCCUUUGUCUUAGCGACGCGUAGGAACGUUCUUUCGUGCGCAUGUAUGGUUCUCGCACCGUCCAACUAGAGGUAUUAUCAUCACGAACAAAAUUUGUAUUUUGUAUAAAGAAAAGAAAAAAAAUCUACGAAUUCUAAAAAAUAGUUGGAACAAAGAAUGUAGUAACUUGAAAAUUAAUCUGUCGCGGAUAACAGAAUAAAUUUUACAUUUUGUACAAAGAAAGAAGCAAGAAAAUCUACGAAUUUUAGACAAUGGAACAAGAAAUAGACUUAGAGUGUUACUCCGUUUUUUCGUUGACACGAAUUUUUGUUGUUACAGCUCAAUGAAAUAUUCCAUGUUCAACGAGUUACAAGUAUAUGCCUUUUUAAAUACAGUAAAAAUGUAGAAAAA